UUAUAUCACUUGUCCGUUAUUUUAGCGUGGAGUGACACUUUACACAUCUGCCUAAAUCUGAAAAGUGCUACAAAAUAUUCGCUGCACAACUUAGCCCCAAUACUAGACAUGGAAUUUAGUGGCGGUGACCACCCAAAACAGUGCCAUUUUUAGACGUUUACUGCUGACGUUUACAGAGGCUUCAAAUAGCUUCCGUUUUACACUGGUAGUGAUUGGACUGUUCUGUACUUACCCAGUGAGCUAACAUAGUGGUAGAACAAGUCCGACACUCUACACUUCGAUGGAGGAACAGCCCAAAGAUCGGGCACAAGACAGGCAAUAUCAUCACCACGGAGGGGAUAGAAACUCUAUUCAACAAACAGCUUGUCUAAAAAAUGAUCAGAGCCACUUCCAGCGCCAGCAUCAGGAAACGCAGACGAAGAAAACAGGUUGGGCCAUCCGGAAAAGCAAUAAAAAAGUAAACAUCAGUGUGGAGGAGGAGAAGAAUCCCCAUCUGUCUGAUACUGUUGGUAUGUCACAUCCCUCCAACAGCAAUGGCAACAGACACACAAGUAACGCAAAUGUGAAGCAGAAGUCAACACAAAAGCUAUCCACAACUGUUCCAAAAGCGGGCAGCAAAGGACUGGACCAUAAGAAGAAUAUGGACCUUAAAAAUGACAAGGAAAAGGCCCUGGAUUUGAAUCAUCAUGAGGGCCAAUCUUUGGAUAAAAAAGACUCAGUGUUGCUUCAGAAUGGCAUUGUAAACUGUGGCUUAAUUACAAAUGGCUAUUCUUGCAAGGACAAUGAUGGCAGCGGCUCUGAAGGUGGAUAUACUACGCCGAAGAAGCGCAAGGCCAGAUGUAACGGCAAGAACACUGAUAAUGUGAUAAGAGAAAAGGAGAAAGACAUGCAGCAGGGCAGCACUACACAGGAGCAUGGGGCUUUUAAUCUUGAGAUGACUGAGAAGGAAGCGAAUUCCAGACUUGAUGGCUUCAGAGCCGCCCAUAAAGUAGAGGCUCAGUCAGCAGGUAGAAGGGCUGUUGCGUCAGAAGCUUCAAUAGGUGAAUCUCAGAGGAAAAACUCUGAUGGCAAAGCAGUUGGCACUUUUGGUAAAAAGACUGAGGAAAGGCACAAAGCCAAGCUUUCCUCACCUUCAAAAGAGGACUCGUGGACUUUGUUCAAGCCCCCUCCAGUAUUUCCUGUGGACAAUAGCAGUGCUAAAAUUGUUCCCAAGAUCAGUUAUGCAAGUAAAGUAAAAGAAAACCUCAACAAAGUAGCUCAAGGCGGAGGAGAGGCACUGCCUCCUCCUGUUAGACUGUCACAGGUCCCUAUGUCUGCUAUGAAAACUAUCACCUCAGCUAGCUUUACUAAUGGUCCUGUUUCUGGAAAUGGAAACAGCUGCCCAGUGGGUACCUUCUUUGCUCCUGCUGCUAGUAGUAUUCCAACAGCCCCAUCUAUCCCAAGUGGCGAGAAUGUAGCAUCUCCUCUGGAAAGUAACUGUAGCUCUACAACUAGUCCUGUAGAUGGAGAAGCAUACGAGCUUAGAAAGUGUACUCUUUUAAUUUACCCUUUAAAUAUGCAACCUGUGCUCCCUAGUGCUCGUCACCAUGACCCACCGGCUGCUCAGACAAAUCAGAAAGCCUUGGGAGAUAUCUUCCAGAAUCAGUGGGGGCUUUCCUUCAUCAACGAGCCCAACUUGGGGCCGGAAGGAGGAAGUAGCCAGGUGCCUGCAGAGGACAAGUCUACUGUGGUCGCAUCUCAAAGCGAGUGUCAGGCUGUCGCAUCCAAGACUGCCCAGCCCUGCUUUGAUGUUAGCCCAUCAUUCUUAGAGCCUGGCACUUUGGUACAAGACCCCGAGAAAAGGACUUGCAACGUGUCUAAUGUUUGUUCUCCUGCUUGUGUAACGAGUGAGGAGGAGUGCAAGCAACAGCCAUGCGGUCAGGAAAAGACAAAAACUGAGGGCAAGGCUUCUGCUGUGUUGGCCUCCACCAAGGACAAUGGUGUUAAGCCUGCACAGAGCCAGCUAACCACUUUGUUGUUUGGCUCAUCUAAAGAACAGGCCUACUCUAAAGACAUUGGCAGAAGGUGUAGCUGGGGGUCCUUUGACAUUAAAGCUGCUGUCACUUAUCACACUAAAGAAAUGGAAUUCAUUUUCAACUUGCAAAAACAAGAUCCAAAAAGAGUAGUGGUUUAUGACGAGACCAAGGAUGGACCUAAUCAGUGAGGUAGAUGGUCUACAGUACUUACCUUCUUCUCUUCUGGGUGCUGCAGUUCUCUACCUUGGAAAUCAUAAACCCUGUUGGACAGAUAAAGUGACAACUGUGAAAACAUUGAUAGUAUAGCAUGACAGAUUUUCCUUGGAAUCUCGGGUGGAAUAACAGACUUCUUUGGGGGCAUCAGACAAACGCACACACAGACACACUCUGGAGGGACGUUGGAGGAGUUGAUCAGUGCCUCUCCAACAUGAUAAACGGACAUUUGCGACUUUGGAGCUGUGAUAGUUGUUUGUCUCAUGGCUCUUUAGGAUGAUGGUCGGGAGUUCAACAGAGGAAGGUGUCAUGGAUUGCACCUCCCUAAGCCUUUAUCCUGUCAAACUGCGGCAGCCGUCAGUGUGACGAUGGGAUGCCUCAGUCAUUUUCUUUCUUCACGCGUUCAAAUGAGUUCAUUGUAGAUAUGUUAGACUUUAUACAUACACAUCUGUGUGCAAGCUUGAAUUAAUCGUGGAGGAAAGAACACACCUUGCAAAGAAUGCCUUGAAGUUGUGGGAAAAAGAAAGAGCUCUGGAGCCCUGUUAAACUGUAAAUUAAGUGGAAGCUCAUGAGUGAGAGCCCCAUCUAGGAAGGGAGAACGUUGUCUUAAAUCAGAGCUCAGAAAUUAAAUGCUUGCUUUUUUUAUGUACUGUUGUCUGACCUAACAUGAGUGUUAAACACACUGCUGUGUGGCCCCCCAGAGCACAGGCAGAGAAGUGCCCUAUUGGAAGGAAAGCUAGGCCCCUUCAUUUCAUUAUUACAGGUGCGCUAAGGAUUUUCAAACCAGGUCUCAGUUAAAGGCAGAACUUUUUCUUCUGAAAGCUUUUCAUACAUUUCAUGCAGAUUGUGUUGAGGUCAGUACAGUUUAUUGUUGAAUUCAGGUUCGUAUACCUUCUGAUAAAUGAAUCCUGAGUUAACCGAGUGACAAAUUGUCAAGCGAGAGACACUGCUACCAAUAAGGUCUUCUGCGUUUUGUUCGAUUUGUACUGCAGCAAGACUCAGGAUGUCCAUUCAGAUUAUUUUGCCUGCAUUUCUGUCUUUUGUAAAAACUCCUCGUCAAAGGAACACAUGUUGCAUUUUACAACUUUUUUGUUUUGUUUUGGUUUCUGGCUCACCACUGGGUCUUUACUUUUCUGUCUUACGCCAUUGUAUUUCUUGCAUGUUUACCGGUGGAAAUGAACGAGUCACAAGUCACUCUUCAUCGCCACACAAAGAUAACCAUAACACAGCAACAACAACUGCAAUACUAAUCUAAGUUUCCCCAACUAGCCACUUUGUCAGACUGUGUUGAAAUGUGAAGAUGAGUUGUACUAUUAUGUUUUACUGUGGAUAACAUUUUUCAUUUGCAAACCAGUGUGCAAUAACACCGUGUGAUCCAUACAGUGUGUGAAAUGGGUUAUAUGGCACUACAGAAUCAUCAUCCAAGAUGCUGGUGUGGCCUGCAGUUCAUUUGUGUGUUCAAAAACGUUAAUGGUGUGUUUUCAAUUUGUUGCACAAAUUCUUGAGGUGAUUUUUCUUUCUUUCUUCUUUUUUUUUUUUUUUUUUUUUUUUUUUUAAAAAGGAAGAAGAAGAACUCAUGUUGAAAUAUCUAAUUAAGUCUAGGGAGUCCAAAUUUUCAAACUGUUAACUGGCCAGCUGUGACAUCACUUUCAUCACCAUCUCCAAAUCAGGAUUGGUUUAUUCGACAUAACAAAGGUAUCCAAUUAUAUAUAUUUUUUUUCUCUAGAAGACAUGAUUUGGUUAAUGUGUGGAUGAAUAGCACUUUAUGUAAACUAAUUGCUUUUAUCUUUUAAUUGUUAGAGAGAUCUAUAUGUACUGACAAGAAAUACACCUUGAAAGAAUGGCUCUGGGCUGUUACUUUUCAGAAAAAAAAAAUAAGUUGAUAAAUACAGAAUUAUUAAAUGUAACUCAGGUAGUGUUGAUAAAGCCAUGACUAUGUUAGAUAUUGUUUUUUUGCCAAAUGUCCCCUGUCAUUUAAUGUUCUCAAAUUGGAAGUGUUGAAUUGGACUCCUGUUAUGUAGAGUCUCAUGAUGUUGUGACAAAACACCAAAUAAUUACCUUCACGGCAUGCAAGGUGCUGUCAUCGAUCGUUUUGGGCUCUAAAAAUCAGAGUUUUCCCUCUUUAUAUCCCCUUUCCACAAAAGCACAUUUCUCCAUGUGUUUCCUGUGUAUACUAGACUGUAAUCUUUGAUGGCUGAUUUUUCUCCCUCGUGUGUUUGUAGUGAAGCACCUCUUGAUUUAUCAUUGCUGAGCAUCAGUGGUGUUUCUGUGGGGUUGCUACAAUCUGGGUGUGAGCAUUCAAGUACACUUCUGUCCGCUGUGUCCUGAUUAGACAGCACUGCCGCUUGUGCUUGUGUGCAAAGAGGGGAAGUCGCAACUGCAGCCAGUUGUCUUGACAUUCAACUUCCAUGUCUAAUCUCAGUCAACUCUGGUAUUUGAAAUGCUUUUGUUUUGGCUUCCGUUGUACAGUGUGUGAUGGAUGAGUGUAUUAUCAUACACUGCCCUCUGAAUAAGAACAAUCGUGUUGGAUCUGGUCGAUGAGGAAGCAAAGGGUAUUUGAGCUGAUAUUGCCCAUUAGCAUUUAGUCUUUUAUGUUUUUCUCUGCUUGUGGAUAUUGACAUUUAAUCUGUCAUCAAGUUAAACAAAAUUUGCAAUUUACUUUCUCUCAAUUGGCCAUUAAUCCAUAGCUAAAGCAACAUAAUCAGGUUCCCAUAUGGUGAAUGCCACAUUUUUCAGGCUGAAAGGAUUAUCAGUGCACAGUGUUUCAUCUAUAGACUUCUAAACGUAAAACAGGGUGAUCAAAUUGAGUAGUACGUGUUGCUAUAGUAGUCUUACAACCUUUUUUAUUUUUUAAAUUUUUUUUUUUUUUUUUGGAGAGGAUGGUCUUUUACAGGGAAAUCAGAGAAUCUCCCAUCCUCCCACCCCAAGGCUCCUCUUUUCAAGCACUUAAUACAGCUAUGAUGAAUAUGCAUUUCUAAAGAUUGAACUAUUAUUUAGCACUGUAGCCUGCAAACCAAAAACCAGUUCUUGAAGCUGAGUAGAUGGUUAAUCAGUGAUUGGGAAGUGUGUGUGUCUGUUUGUUUGGGGGUGGGGGGUUGUUGUUAGUGACUGACUGUUUGUGUGUUGAGGCAGAAGAGCCUGAUCACGUGGAGUUUGUAUUUCCACCCCGUCAGGAUGUGCAAUCACCUCAAGGAUGCUGAUGCAGGCGUCUGGGUUGUGAGUUUGGCCUCGUUUUGUGGGUAUGUGCAUAGAGAGUUCUUCCUAUUAUAUGCAAGUUUGUCGUAUAUUUCAACCCCCCCCCCUCUCCCCCCAACCGUUACCCCUUGUUUUUUCAUAUUGAGGUGCCUGUGUUUGAAAAAGAUAUAUACUUUAACAGCAAUUUUGAUUGUUUAAAUUCUGCUUCCAGCAUAUAUCCGUGCCAUUUUUGUUUGUUUGUUUUGUUUUUGUAACAUUUGCAACGCUGUCUAAGUUUUCUUACAGCUAAUCCUAAUCUCUUCUUUUAUGCGACAUGGACAUAGCUGAAAGUGAUGAGGAUUGUGUGUUUUCUAGGUUUUGAGAAUUUCAUGGCUUGUGUUAAGAACUGAAAGCCAAAAUCGAUUUUGAAUGGGAUGGAUGACAACCGCUUGCUGGUGUAUACUCGUGGCAGUCCACUGUCGAAUUCAUGUCUGACGUAGCACGUAAUUGAUUUGAACUGAUUUAACAAAUUGAGUUUUAACAUAUGUUUGUUUUGUUUUUUUUUAAAGAAAACAAUAUUUUUGUGUUAUAACCUAAUUUAUCCAUAGAUGCACAAGUAGGAUGAGACUAAAAGGAAUAAAUAAAAGAUACAGAAAAUCAAGAUGUCUCAUUUUUGAGAGUUUUAGAUGAUUUAGUUACUGAUUAUGGCUGACGUAGAUUUAGUUUUUCCCUGAAUAGCACCAAUGUUAAUAUAUUUGAAGUCUUUUCCAGCAGAUUUUAUACAAAUGACUUUAAUUUGUUUCUUCAAAUAGUUGUGAUGAGCAUUGAAAUACACUGCAUCCCGGAGUUCCUCUUAAUAUAUUUUUUAUUUGUAGUGAUGUUGAUGAUGAUGUGAGAGGGAGUGAGGUAUUAACGUGCAGUUCAACAACUCUGAACCUGAUUUCGCCAAAGGUACACUACUCAGAUAUUCAGCUACUGAAUGGCAGACGCACAGACUGGGGGACGUUGUUGAUGAUGUCACCACCAGCUUCCUGACAUCGUGCUGGGUUUGGAGGAGGUUUUGGUGAAGGGAAGUCACUACUGUAGCAGCUGAAUGUCACUUUGAGCGUGUCGUUACACGGUGUGAGAGAAGAGCAAUCUCAAAAAAACAAAAAACAAAAAAAAGAUAUACAAAUACCGAAAGUGCUGCUUCUUCAUCCAGUAAUCAAUCGUCUGUAAUGGGAAAUGCUGGACUUGGUGUUUGUGCUCGACUUAAAAACUGUCCCUCCUUUAAAUUGUCAUUGCCUCUUGUGGAAAUGUUUUAAUUUUGGGGGCAUUUUAUGGUUUUAUUCAGCGACGGCUGAGAAGUACAGUGUUUAUGAUUCCACACAUGGGGAGCAGAGUAAACAAGAGCAACGCGUCUUUACAGGAUUCAGUCAUGAAAAGAGGUGAUAUGUUGUGCCGAGUCAUCUGUUUGUUUUGUUUCUCUGUGUCAUCUCAAAUGGCUGUUGUGCUUGUUGAUGCGUUUCAUUUUUGUUGUUUUUUUUUUUCCUUUGGUCUGCUCCUUUUAUCACGUACAUCUCUAGCCGCCCCCUCCAAAACUCUAAAAGUGUGAGGCAAUAGCAUUUCUUUCUCAGAUGUCUUACAGGUUGACAUUUAAGUUUUUAAGUGAGCAGUCUGAUAAUUUAAUUUCUGUUUUGAAUUUUAACAAAAGUGUCACGUUACAAUGUUUUGUUUUGUUUUUUUUAAGCAUGAUAAUAACCUUCAAAUUCCAAACAGUGUAAUAGAGUCAAUAAAAAAAAACCUCCAGUGUUCACAGUUUUAGUUUCCAUUAAAAUGUCAGAUUUUCAUGAAUAA